AUGCAGGCCCCUGCAGUGGUGGAGACAGCUUCCGGUAAAAGCUACCACAAAAAUGGAGGAAACAUCCAGAAAGAUGAGCCUUCUAAUCCUAAGAAAGAAAAUUUAUCAUUAUCUUCCAAUGGUUAUAAUGAAGCCAAAUCGACUUUUCUUGAUGAUGACUGGAAUUACUUGCCACUAGGACAGAUCGCUAAUGACAAAGCAAUCAGCAAUAUUGACAAAACAGAUACACUGGAGCCAACUUUUACUGCAAGUCCAGAUACCAGCAUAGGAAGUAGUCGCUCACAGUCAAGUGAGUGUGAAGACAGUAUCGAGUACGCUUUCUUCAAUGAGACAUACUCUAUACAUUAUUCAGAGUCAAAACUAAAGAAUGAAAGUCUUAUUUAUUUAAAUUCGGAAUUAAAUUCUGAAAUGCAGAAAAGAGAGGAGGUAUUUUUUGAGACUUUGGAAUGUCAAGGUAGUAAGAUUAUUGGCUUAGAAAGAAACUACAGGAGUUCAGAUAAUGAUGAUAAAGAAACUGCUGAAGAUGUGCAAAAGCAUGAUAUAGAUGAAGAUUCACAGCGGGAAUAUCACAGUGCAGAAGAGCAAGAAUAUAUAAGUUACCAUUUAUCUUUUGACCAAAUGAAAACACUAAGCAUACCUAAUCUGGAAAUGGUUGGAUUAAGAAAUUCAGGUUAUGAAGUUAAAUAUGAUAGCAAUACAGAAGAUAAUCAUGUUAAGUUGGAGAGUAGUUCUAGCAUCUCUGUAGAGUCAACUGAUGUUAAUGGACAAAAAAAUUCACCUCAUAUCUCCAAAUUUCCGAACUCUGUUACAUUAAGACAGUAUUGUGGACUGAAGCAUGACAGAUGUGAGGAGCAGGAGACUAGUUCAGUGUACCACACGUUAUUUGAUGAAGUUGUACUAAGGAGUAGUCCUCUGGAAAAUCGGGAAUCUCAGUCUAAAAGUGGUUUCUUGAACCCACAAAGUGCAUUAAAAACUAAAAUUUAUGCUGGCAGAAUGAAAUCUCACAUAACUGAAAGGAAAAAUUUUUGUGGAGAUCCAAUUAUUGAGAACAAAAUAUUACAGGACACUGAAAAUCCUAGCACAUUACCACAGGACAAAGCUUUAGAGUCGUUACUCCAACCCUGUAAAGAUUGUCAAACUUCCUUUGUGUCUGAUGAUUCGGUAAUUUCUGCCUGUGGAUGUUCACAUUAUGAAAGCCUACAAAAUACCCCUGACCCAGCCGUAGAUGUUUCUGUUCCUCUCCCAAAGAUUCCAGGCAAAGAUAAUCAGGCAAUAGAAGGAAAUAGCUCCCUAAGAGUUCCUGGUAGCACCGCAAAUAAAACGUGCUUCCACCAUAUGAAAAGAACCUGCCCAGAAUCGGGGGCAGACACUGCAGGGCACGCGGUCACAGUUAAGCCGGUGGGUGUUAGUGCUGAUUUCAGGGCUUGUUCCACAACCAGCAGGGCAGCAAGUGCCAGACCUGCAAGGUCUGCAUCAAGCAGCACAGAGACAGUGAUGGACAAAGGGCCACCUGGCAAGUGGCAAAGCAAGAAACCCAGAAGCGUGGCCUGUAACACAGACGGGACAUCCAGUCAAGAUGAUGGAGAUGCGCAGGCGGCUACAACGAAAGGACUGCUGGGAAAAUCUCUCUCAGAUAGCAGCUUAAAACCUGAUGGAAAUUUCAGAAAUAAGGAUUCACUGGAAUUGAAAACAUUUGAUAUCACAGACUUAAAAAAACAUCCUGAGAGGGAAUCUCGGCUUUCUAAAGAGAUGGAGAAAAAUUUGCCAUCAGAAUGCUGUCAGAAAAUAAUGCAGAGAGCCAUCAAAGCAGAGUUGCACCUAUUAAAUGUUCACUACCAAAUGUGUCAUCGCUACUGCAGUGAUAUUUACAGACUCGUAAUGGGACAUAGAGAAGGAGUAAAUAGGAACUUAUCAAAUAGUUCUACCAAAAAAGAAUUGGGAGCAUCACUACUGUCUGUUCUGGGAGACUUAAAAGUUAGAUAUGAGAAACUGAAAGAAAAAAUAAACAAAGGUGUACCACUGGAAGAGCUGCCCCCGCUGUCAUUAGAGUCAAAAUUAUUAUCUACCUUUUCUACGUUUGCUGCCAGGCUGAUGAAAGAAGAAUCACAUAUCUUUGCAGGAGCAGAUUCUGAAUUAGAUAAUCAAAGUACACAUGAUGUUGACAUUUCUUCAAGCCGAAAGAAGACGCUCUCUCAAACAUCUUUAUUAUCUGACAAUAGUCAUCCUAAAGAGGAUAAAUCACCCAAGGAAGAUGGUUUAAAAAAUGGUGAUAUAGAUAUAGACUUUAGUCAACUGAAACUUGAUGAUAAAGGCUGCAAAAAUUACCAAGACAUAAGUGAAGACUGGUUUGAUGCUAAAGAGAACCUGACAGGAGUUGACAUCUCAGGAAUACAGGAAAAUCAGUUAGGACAAGGCAGAGGGGAUCCGAAGCUUACACCGGAAAUGAAGAAUGUUGAGCCCUUACGGAGAGAGAAAGGUUAUUUGAUACAUGUUGGUGGUCUCUGCCCUUCAGUAUCUGAGGCUGACUUAAGGUCUCAUUUCCAGAAAUACCAAGUUUCUGAAAUUUCAAUUUAUGAUGAUUCUUCUACUUACAGUGUCAAGAAGACUUGUAAACAGAUUGAAUCUCCUAAAUUAUUACCUGAGACACCUGUUCGAUUCAUACCUACAAAUACAUUGAACCUGCGUAGCUUUACCAAGAUCAUGAAGAGACUGGCUGAACUACAUCCAGAACUUAGCAGAGACCGUGUCAUAGACGCUCUUCAGAAAGUAAGAGGGAGUCAUAAAGGCUUUCUGAAUGGCUUGCCUAUCAAUACUAUUGUGGAAAUGACUUCAUCUGUUUUGAAAGACUCUGCUUCCAGUUAGGAAUAAAAAAAGU